GCAGGCGCUGUGCCCGACGGCGGAGAUGGCGACUUUCUUCGGGGAGGUGGUGGUGGCGCCGUCCCGCGCCGGUGUCGACGAUGAGGAGGAGUGGGUCGAGGAGACGCCUGAGGAUCGGGAGAUCCGCAGGGAGCUGGAGAAAAAAAGGGAGAUCAACGUCCUUUGGACCUUGAAGCCAGGUGCACCUGUGGAAGACUAUGCUGGCGAGACAUUUGUGUGUUCAAAAUUCAUUGUGGCGAUAGGACAUAACGCUGCGGCUUUCCUGUCUUGUUUUAUUCUGGAUUCUGUAUGUUGGGAAGUAGUUGGAGUUUUGAAGCUGUGGAAUGAGUGGUGUAGAACAACCAACACAACAAAUGUCCUCCCAACAGAUUCUUUCUGUUUGUUCUACCGAUUAAUAUCGGAUCCAACAGUUUUGUUAUGCCAGUGUAGUUGCUACGUUGCUGAGGAUCAGCAAUUCCAGUGGCUUGAAAAGGUUUUUGGCUCUAUGCGAAAGGAGGGCUUGCAAGUAACCAUUCUUUCGACAUGUCCUGUGGCUGAUUAUAAGACUCAGGAAUCUACUUUAACACUGCCAUCUCCGUUUCUGAAAGCCUUGAAGACAAAAGAAUUCAAAGAGCCAGUAUGCUGUCCACUGCUAGAACAGCCUAACAUUGUGCGAGAUCUCCCUGCUGCUGUUUUGAGUUAUUGUCAAGUAUGGCAGAUUCCUGCAGUCUUGUAUCAGUGUUACACUGAUGUCAUCAAACUGGACACGGUUACAAUCGAAGCAUUCAAGCCUUUGAUUUCUUCUAAAAUCCUGAAGAGUUUAGUCAAGGAUGUAUCGGAAAGCACAAAGAAUUUGAAGAAGUUACUGACAACAAAUGAAACACACAAUAAUAUCUAUAUCUGAAGAGGACAUUUAUGAUACAGACUGCACUUUUGUAAACUCCAGUUUCUUCUGUAGAGGACAUUUUGGAAUUGUAGUUGUUUCCUUCAAAGUGGAAUAAAUUCCAGUAGAUUUUUACUUUUGCACUCAUUUGUUACUUUCACAUUCAUCACUACAAACACAUAUAUUCUUUCUGCCUGGCUUGGGAGGCUUUUUUCUGGAAUGAUUUUAGGAAUGAUAUUUGAAGAUGAAAAAGCGACUUCUUUUUCUUCUCCUGAAGGGAUUAUCUAAUUUAAAUGUGUGCCUUCUACACACAAAAGAGGAAAUGCAGUUAAGGAAUUCUGUCUAUAUCUAAUGAGAAUACUUAUUUUUUACUUAAUUUUGAGACACUAAAGUUUUCCUAAUAUUUGAUCCUCCUUAAAGUUUUGUCUGUGAUGGAGAAAGUACACUCUGCAUCUUUUUGCAUACAUAAAUUUAUAUAAUUUUGUGUGUUUGUAUGAAUGAUACAUAUCCAUAUAUGUAUGCGCAUACAUUUUAUAUAUAUAUGUUGAUACAAAACAUAGUAAAGUAUGGUCAAAACCUUUUAAAAUACUUAGUAGUGAAAAAUAAGCUUGCUUUACAAAUUAGUAGGCAGGAAUGUGGACCUUUUUUGACCUGCAUGGAAGAGCUUUACUUGGAUGCGCUGAGUAGAUCAUUGCAGGUGUUUAGGAUGCUGCGGCCUGCACAUGUGGCAGGAAGAGACAUGUGCCUGCAUUCAGAUGCUGCAGCUCCUGUUUGCAGUACCGUGCUAAAACAGCCCACAAAUGCGAGUUCUGAGCUUGAGGCCUUGAUCAGGCACCAGAGAGGCGCCUGAGCACUCCCUACUGUCAGGUAUCAGGCACUGGUGGAAGCCUUUCCCUGUGAAGCAAGCUGCUUAGGCUGGAUUUGGCAGGGCAAAGAGGUUUAAUUUACCCACUUUAAAACUCUGAAUUUCUGGCAGCAGCAGGAAUAGGGCAAAGACUUUUAUGUGGAGUAUAUGAUUUUUAGAGGGAAGUAAAAGUUCAAGUUUUGAAGUGUCUCAGAAAGAUCUCUGAAAGUUGCUAACAAUUUCACCAGUGUAUUUAAAAUGUUGACUAGGAUUGGCAUCUAAUUCUGACUUGUAUAUACCUUCUGUUUAAUUUACCAUUUUGUUUAAGAAGAUGGUGUUAAAGAGAGUAUUUCUCCUGUUACCAAGUAAUUUGCUGGUAUGGUCACUGCACAGAGACCUUUAAAUUGCUUGUAGCUUAUACUUUUGGAACAAAAGGAUAGCAGCUUCUAAGUUCUGUCCUAAGUUUAACUUUGACUUAGCACUGGAUGCCCAGUGGACAUUUUUUGACAUUGUAUUCCCUUAACAGAGCUGUCAUCCCUUCAAAUUUGAAAGUGAUUGGCUUAGUCUAUGUCCCCUGAAGGAAGUAACUCUUGGCUUCAGCAGGCCCACUACACCUUCUGCUUCUGGAAAUUUUGGACUGCCUGCAGUGUCACAUUUUCAACUGUAAUAGAAUAUUCUUGAUGUGGAUAUCAAGUUGUGUAUCAGUUUAGACGUUUUAAAUUUCUGUUAAUAUCAUUACAGAUAAGCAAACAACUGUUACUUUAAGUGCUGCUGUAUUUUGGAACAAACACUGAAGCCUGAAGUGCAGGACAUGGUUCCUUCUGUGUUCUUUUUUUCCCAUUUCUUCACAGCAUUGUAAUGAAAACCUGUUUGUAUGCAUGAGCUGAGCUGAGAAUCUUGUUGCUCUGGAAGAGUUGCUCGUUGGCUGCACCAUUUCCUUACUUAUAUGCUAACUGUAUUCAAUUAAUAAUUAAGUACAUAAUAAGAAAUAUUUUCAAUAAUAAAUAUGCAGGCUCUUAUAGGAACUGUAAAUAUACUUCUAGUAUUGAUUUUAUCAUCCAUACAGUUUGCAGUGUUUCAAAACAGUAUAAUUCAGUUUUCUGAGGUGUGAGAAAUACAGUUAAACACCUUGAAUAAAAGUGGAAAACAAAACAAAGAAACUUGGAAGAUUAAAUUAGAAAGACUGAAAACUGGAGUAUUGGCUGAAUGCUCUGAAGGUUAAUUAUUCAUCCUUCAAAGUCAAUGGCAGCUCUUUGUAGCUGGAAAUGUUUAUGUAGGAUGUGACGCUUUUUUAUUGCAGGCUAUCAAGCUAGUAGUUUCACUCUGUAUCCAAGUUUAUUUCUGUCAUCCACACAACUUUAUUCAGUAGUGCUCUCUCGCAUGAAAAUAUAGGUCAGGGUGUGUGCACACCGGAUAGUAAGGCUCUCCCUCAUCAGUGUCAGCUGGAUUGUACUGUGCAAAUUUGAAAUGUCAACCUUUUCCAAUACACAGUAAGAACUACAGGGCAGUGAAAGAAGGUAAUUUAAAAUUCCUUCUGUUUUUAACAUAAUUUGAUGUGUGAAGUAGCUCAUAUUCUCCCCCUAAGUAGUUCUGGAAGCAUCAGAACUAAUGAUGCCUGAGUAUCUCAUAAAAUGUGGGCGUUGGCUAGAGACUGUUCCAUAUUUGAACUUUGCUAAUUAGUUGGUUUUUUUUUUUUCCUAUGCGCUCCGCUAUCCAGCAAGAGCCUGCAAAAAGGUUUCCUCUGUUUCUGGCAGCUGGUCUUGUUUUUUGUAAUGUUUAUAGGAGCAUAUAAACUUGAAACUUGUCAAUGUGGAAGAUGGCUUCAAAAAUUUUGGGGGUAGAAGUACAUUCUUGCCUACACGUCUAAAAGGUGAUUGUUUAAGACUUGUUUCCAUAAGCUAUUGGCCUAAAUGCAAAUAAUCAAACCAGAAAGAAUACACUAUUGGACUGGAAGUUUUCUGUUUGUCGAAUCAUCUAAUUCACUUGCCACCCCUACUUUUUUUCAGAUAACACUAAGCUGUCUUGUACUGAGGAAUGUUGUCUUCUAAACCGAGGACGCAGCCUCCUCUAAAGUCUCAUCUGCUUUAUCAUGCUGCAGAAUAUAUUUGGUAGGCAGACGUGUUUUCUUGUUCCUCAAAGGCUCUGACUGAAAUGUGAUAAGCCUGGCCUAAUUGUCCUGAAAUAAGUCCUGAAAUCACAAUGCUCUUUAAUGAGGCUCCUUGGCUUUUGGCUUGUAACAUACCGGUGUUUGUGAAGUUCAGGUCACAGAUAUGUGAGUACAGCACUGUACAGAUAUUGUUAGAAGGUAUGGUCCAAGCCAGGAAAUCUGCGUUCUAUUUGAAUUUGUUACAAAACCAUGUUCAAAUGCCCAAACCAGGAGUAUAGUUGCUAUUAUGCUUUCAUUUUCCCAGUGGUUGUAGGCACAUACAGUGCAGUGACUCUCCAGUAAUAAAAUUCUUGCAGUCCUUUGAAAAUGCAGCAUAAAACCGUCAUGCCCUGCUCUGCUCCCCAAGCACUCUUCUGUCCUAUUGUGUUCCUUCUGGAUUUGAUGUGAUAUACCCGUACAAUUGUAUGUACAGAUAACUGUACAUACAAUUACCUGUAUGGCAUCAGCAGAAACACUGGUACUGUACAGAAAAGCAACAGCCUGAAUGUUCCUGAUGGAGCCAAAGGUUUUUGUGGCACUAAAGCAAGGGAUGUUGGAGCUUACGUCCCAAAGGCUACUUUUGGUGACUUCCUGCCUCCUAUCCAGUAACGUGAGCCAUGAACCUUGUUCAUCUACCUCUGUGUUUCCACAGCACAACAGAGUUGAGGUAGAAAAAAGCUUUAUCCUUUGCCAAUCCAUUGGUGAUGCCAAUGCAUAGGACAUUUCUCUUCCCCCUUCCUAUGUGAAGGUCUCCUCCUGUUACUGUACGGCUCUAGCAAAUAAUUUAAGUUUUCCCAGACUCCUGACUUCUGAUACUGGCAGCAAAUAUCUUGACUCCACCCUGCAAACUGUGCUUUGUUGCCAAAGCCUCAGAGGAAGAACCUCUACUCGUGACACUUAAUUUUAAAAUUUCUGUGCUGAAAAUUGUAUUAAAACAUUUGGGAAGUCAAGUAGGCAAAAUUUAGGAAAAUCCUGGAAGUUUGUCUUGCAAAUUUUAGUUCAGUCCUCAUCCAGUACCUGAAGACAUUUGCAUCUUUAAUUACAAUAUUAGGUGCUUUUUUUCCAAAUAAAGCUGCCGUGCUAAAGGAUGAUGCUCAGUGAGACAACGUGGAGGGGAGGAAGCUCAGGAUGGUAUUGCUGAUUUCAUUUCUCCUCUGUGUUGGAAAGUGUUAUAAUUGAGUACUUAAAUGGCCCAUAAAGGAGGAAUUUGUUUCUGCCUCAACUUCAGGCAAGAGUUUCUUUAGUAAUGCUGGGAAAGGCUUGUAAAUAAUAAUUUGACAUGCAGCUGGUAUGUUUCUAUUUUGUGGGUGAACAAGCUGAGGUACCUGGAACCUGACUUGCUGACAUGUUGAGUGCUCACCAAUCUGAGUGGUAAGAACAAAGCUGGAUCAGGAUGUUGAAAGUAGAAAUAUGGUUAUUAUGGUGAAACUUGAAAAUGUUUGAAACGUUGCAAGUAAUGAAAAAG